GGACCCUCGAGUGUGUAAGAGUUUUUUACUUGCAUGUUGCCCACACGACAUUCUGGCUGCAACCGCUUCAUCCUGAAUGGAAGAUAUGUUUGAACCAGUGGGUCAACAAACUUGUUUCGCCUCUUGCGUAUGGACCUAGGAGAGUGUCCCAAACUUCACGACUUGGCCUUGCGAGCUGAUUAUGAAAAUGCAGCACAAAAAAAAGAUUACUUCUAUGAUGUCGAUGCAAUGGAGCAUUUGCAGAAUUUCAUUAACGAAUGUGAUCGUCGAACAGAGCAAGCUAAGAGGCGAUUGGCGGAAACUCAAGAAGAGCUGAGUGCUGAGGUCGCUGCUAAGUUGAACAAAGUCCAUGAACUAGCUGAACAGAUUGGGAAGAAGCUGGCACAAGCCGAAAAAUUGGGAGCAGAAGGAAAUGUGGAAGAAUCCAUGAAAACCAUGGAAGAAGUAGAGGAAUUCCGAAAGCAGAAAGCACUGGCAGAGCAAGAGUAUCGCAAUUCUAUGCCCGCUUCGAGUUACCAGCAACAAAAGCUGAGGGUUUGCGAAGUCUGUUCAGCAUAUUUGGGCAUCCAUGACAAUGACAGAAGAUUGGCAGACCAUUUCGGUGGAAAACUUCACUUGGGAUUCAUCACGAUCAGAGAAAAACUGGAAGAACUCAAAGCGGUGGUGAAUGAGAAACGGCAGAAAGGAAGACUGGAUCGUGACCGUGAUUACCUACGAGAGCGAGAGGAACGAGGACGAGACUGGGGCAAGUCAUGGGCUGACAGUCGCGAAAGGAGCCGAAGCAGAGGCCGAUCUAGGCGUCACAGAUCCCGCUCUUCAUCCCGGGAACGCCGCCGCCAUCGCACUCGGUCAAAUUCAGAGGAACGCCGUAAGCACAGCAGGCAUCGCCGCAGAUCCCGCUCCAGAGAACGUCGUAGGUCUCGAGACGGUGACAGGAGUCGCAGCCAUCGCAGAGAAAAAUCGGGUGACAGGCAUAGCAAAGAAAAAUCAAAAAGAAGUCGAUCACGAGAGCACAGACGUUCUCAUUCUGCAGGAAAUGAUAGAGAAGAGAACAAUUACGAAGAGUAAGAUGGACAUCCUUGAAACAGUAUCUGGUUCUAAAAGCUUUGUAUGUGUAUUUUGAUUUUUUCCCCCAUAGACACUUCUUAAUAAAUUGUAUAUGUGUUUUGUGGA